AUGCAAUUUUGUACUCCGAUCUCUCAAUUCCUCUUCUGGGUUUCAUUCUUUAUACUAUUAUCGACACUGGGUUCUUCUUCGAAAUCUCUUCUCACUUGUCAACCUCUAGAUCAACAACCUGUAAACCCUAGCCGUCACGUUGAUUUCCUCAGAGCAAUGUAUUCGAUGAACGAUUUCAUAACUCAACACAAGCUUUGGGUUGAUUCUUCAAUCAAAGAUGUAUCUCCACCAAUCUAUGUCUUCUUACAGUGCCGUGAAGAUCUCUCCGUUUCCGAUUGUCGCCAUUGUUUCAACGAGAGCAAAUCGGAGCUAGAGAGGACGUGUUUGAGCUCGGGAUCAAGUCCGAACUUCGGUCGAAUCCACACUGAUUCCUGCUUCUUACGUUUCGAUAACCAUGAUUUCUCGGAGGAGUUUGUUGAUUCUAGAUACGAUCGAGCUAAAUGCGAAGAGGAAACAGGAUCAGGGAUUGGAGAGUUUUGGAAAGAUCUUGAUGAAGCUUUUGUGAAUGUUACCUUAAAGGCUGUGAAAAAUGGAGGGUUUGGUGCAGCUUCGGUGAUUAGUGCUGGUGGUGGGAACCCUGUGGUGUAUGCAUUGGCUCAGUGUUGGCAAACACUUGAUGAGAAUUCGUGUCGAGAGUGUUUGGUUAAUGCGAGAUCGAGCUUGAGGUUUUGUGAUGGUCAUGAAGCUAGAGCUUUCUUUACAGGGUGUUACUUGAAGUAUUCUACACAAAAGUUUUUUGAUGAUUCUGCAGAACAUAAACCCGACGAUGAUCAGAGAAGCUUUAUAAGAUCAUCGUUUUUGCCGGAUUUGAGUGAUCAGGAUGUUAUGAAUGUAGCGAUUGGUGUGGUUUCGUUGUCCAUUCUUGCUUCUCUUGGUGCCUUUAUAAGUUACCGAAGGUUUUCAAGGAAAAGAAAAGCUCAAAUUCCAUCGUGUUCAACUUUCAAAUACGAGAUGCUUGAGAAGGCGACCGAGUCUUUCCAUGACUCGAUGAAACUAGGCCAAGGAGGGGCUGGUUCUGUAUACAAAGGGAUUCUUCCAGAUGGCAGAACCGUUGCAGUCAAAAAGCUCUUCUUUAACACACGGGAAUGGGCGGAUCAGUUCUUCAACGAAGUGAAUUUGAUCAGCGGAGUUCAACACAAGAGCCUUGUGAGACUACUUGGUUGCAGCAUCGAAGGUCCUAAAAGUCUUCUUGUUUAUGAAUAUGUUCAUAAUAGAAGCCUCGAUCAAAUCCUUUUUGUGAAGAAUACAGUCCAUAUACUGAGCUGGAAGCAACGGUAUAACAUCAUUAUAGGAAUAUCAGAAGGUCUAGAAUAUCUUCACAGAGGAUCUGAAGUAAAAAUCAUCCAUAGAGACAUCAAAACCAGCAAUAUUCUCCUUGAUCAAAACCUAAGUCCCAAAAUAGCGGAUUUUGGACUUGCACGUUCCAUGGGCUCAGACAAAACGCAAACCAAUACUGGAAUUGCUGGAACACUCGGUUAUUUGGCUCCGGAAUAUCUUAUCAAAGGCCAAUUAACAGAGAAAGCUGAUGUUUACUCAUUCGGAGUUCUUAUCAUCGAGAUAGCAACUGGAAAGAAAAACAAUGCAUUCACGCAAGGAACUAGCUCGGUUUUAUACUCUGUAUGGGAACACUAUAAAUCAGACACUCUAGAUGGCUCGGUCGAUCCUCGGUUAAAAGGGAAGUUCACAGAGGAAGAGGCCUUGAAGGUUCUUGGAAUUGGAUUGUUGUGUGUUCAAUCUUCAGUAGAAUUAAGACCGUCGAUGUCUGAGAUAGUAUUCAUGUUAAAGAACAAAGAUUGUGAAUUUGAUUCUCCAAAACAGCCUCCGUUCUUGAGUGCAAGUGUUCUAAUGCCAGAUGAGGAACCUAGAGUCUGA